AUGUCCAAGGGUUCCCUUGUGGGGAAUCUCGCCAAGGAUUUGGGGUUGGAUGUCAGAGAACUGCCGCAGCGGAAGCUCCGUGUCAGUUCGGAACAGCAAUACUUCAGUGUGAAUGGGGAAAAUGGCAACCUGUAUGUGAAUGGCAGGAUAGACCGGGAGGAGAUAUGCUGGGAAACUCCCCUUUGUGUCCUGACAUUCGAAACGGUGGUUAAAAAUCCUUUAAAUAUUUACCUCGUGAAUGUCGCAAUCCAGGAUAUUAAUGAUAAUGCCCCGUGGUUCAUAAAGAGUGACAUUGAUCUAGAAAUCAGCGAAUCAGCACUGCCGGGUGCGAGAUUUCGACUAGAAUCUGCGCAAGAUCCGGAUUCUGGGAUCAACUCACUGCAGAAUUACCAACUCAGUAAAAACCCCUCUUUUACCCUGGCAGUGAAAGAAAGCCCAGAUGGCAAAAAGCAAGCAGAAUUAGUCUUAGAAAAGUCUUUGGAUCGGGAGGAGGAAAGUUCCCACCAGUUAAUCCUGACGGCUGUCGAUGGGGGAGAUCCAGUCAGAUCUGGGACAGCUCAGGUUAGGAUUAAAAUUACUGACGCCAAUGACAACCCCCCCGUAUUCACUGAACAGAUUUACAAAGUCAGCCUGAGGGAAAAUCUACCAAAGGGCACCUUAGUGCUUCAAGUGAAAGCCAGUGACAGAGACGAAGGUUUAAAUGGCCAUAUAACAUACUUUUUCGACAGCAUACCGGAAAACACCCGCAAAUUAUUCCAUUUAGACCCUGAGAACGGAGAAAUUACAAAUACAGCGAUCCUGGAUUUUGAAAAGAAAAAUGAAUACACGAUGGAAUUGGAAGCCAGGGAUGGGGGUGGGCUGACAGAUCACUGCAAAGUUCAUAUAGAAAUACUGGAUGAGAACGACAACGCCCCGGAAGUGACGAUUUUAUCAGUAUCCAGUCCUUUUCCCGAAGACUCACCGCCAGGAACAGUGAUAGUUCUGAUCAAAGCUUUUGACCCAGAUGCCGGACAAAAUGGAGAACUUAGUUGUAGUAUUCAACACAACUUGCCUUUUAAAAUAAUAUCAUCUUCUGUUAACUACUACAAGCUCCUCACAGACAGCACCCUGGACAGGGAAAGGACCCCGGAGUACAAUAUCACAAUCACCGCCAUAGACAAAGGCUCUCCUCCCCUCUCCACCCAGAAAGCAAUCCUACUGCAGAUCUCGGAUAUCAAUGACAACUCCCCUGUCUUUGAAAAACCUUCCUACACUGCCUGUGUGUCAGAGAACAAUCCCUCGGGGGCCUCUAUUUUCAGAGUAGAAGCCUCAGACCGGGAUCUGGACCGGAACGCUCGAGUCACUUACUCCAUUCUGAGCAGCAACCUCCAGGAGGUGCCUCUCUCCUCCUACAUCUCCAUUAACUCCCAGACCGGAGCUAUCUAUGCGCAGCGCUCCUUCGACUACGAGCAAUUCCGGGAGUUUGAAGUGCAAGUGCAGGCCCAAGACAGCGGGUCCCCGCCUCUCAGCAGCAAUGUCACUGUCAGGGUGUUUAUUCUGGAUCAGAAUGAUAACGCCCCUCGCAUCCUGUACCCUUCCCUGGGAGCCGAAGGCUCCGCCUUGUUCGAGAUGGUCCCUCGCUCGGCCGAGGCAGGUUAUCUGGUGACGAAGGUGGUGGCGGUGGAUGCUGACUCAGGACACAAUGCCUGGCUCUUCUACCAUCUGCUCCAGGCCACGGAACCGACGCUGUUCAGCAUGGGGCUGCACACCGGGGAGAUCCGGACAGCCCGCGCCUUUGCGGACAGAGAUGCUGUGAAGCACAGGCUGGUCACCCUGGUGAAGGACAACGGGCAGCCGCCUCUGUCAGCCACAGUGACUCUCAACCUGGUGUUUGCCGAGAACUUCCAAGAGGCUCUUCCGGAAAUGAGCGACCAAUCGGGUAACUCGACACCUCAGUCUGAUUUACAGUUUUAUUUGGUGCUGGCUUUAGCCUUGAUCUCAUUUUUAUUUCUAAUUACAAUUAUAGUGGUGAUAGCCAUGAAAAUUAGAAGUUCAAAAAGCUCCUCUAUUCUUCAGUAUGUCAGGCCUGCUCUUUAUUCCAAGGCUGAUCCCAGAUUCCAACCAGAUUACGAAGCCGGGACCUUGCCGUAUUCCUAUAAUUUGUGUUUGGCUACAGACUGUGGGAAAAAUGGAUUUAACUUGCUUAAAAGUAGCGACAAGAACAUUAGAGCUGAGAAUAUCCUUUGCAAUGACAACUCUGAUAUUUUAGUUGUGAAUAAUUCUGGUUCUGAAGCUCCCAAAUCCGCGUCCGAAACUCUUCUCAAGGUGAGUUUUUGCAUUAAUGCGUUAAUUACUUUUCUGGGUCCUGGUUUUAGCGGUAAUCUGUUUUUUACCCCAGUAACAGUUUUAGUGGUUUGA